UCCCAGCCCCGGGGCGGCCGGAGGGAGGCGCGGGAGGGGGACCUGCGGCGGGAAGCUCGCGGCCGCGGCGCACGCGGAGCGGGGCCGGAGAGCACGCCGCGCGGAGGAGGAGCCGGAGCGGGAGCCGGAGCCGGAGCGGGAGCCGAGCCGAGCGCGCGGCCCGGGAACCGCGGGCAGGAACCCCGGCCGUGGGCGCAGAGGGUCGGCGGGGGGCAGCCGGCCGGGAGGGCCCCGCGCCGAGGAGAGGACAGGGGGCCUGGGGUCGCCGUCCCGCGUCCCCGCAGCGGCGAGUGCCCGGGAGCAGCAGCUGUCUGGCUCGGGCGGCGGCGGCGGAGCGGCUGGACGGUGGCAGCUUGAGCGGCAGCCGCGGUGGGUCCCGGGGCCGGGAGAGGGCCGCGCCGGCCGGCGGAGCCGCGCUGGGAUGACCCGCUGACCGCGGCCAUGCAGCCUUGACGGGGCGCAGGGACACGGCGGGGCGCGCCCUCCUGGUGGGACAGCGGGACCGCGGACGCGGGCAGCAGGACUUCACCGCCGACUCCGGCCCCGCGGGGAGCGAGACUCUGACCAUGGAACCCGUGACCAAGUGGAGCCCCAAACAAGUGGUGGACUGGACGAGAGGCUUAGAUGACUGCCUGCAGCAGUACGUCCACAAGUUUGAGCGAGAGAAGAUCAACGGCGAGCAGCUGCUGCGGAUCGCCCAUCAGGACCUCGAGGAGCUGGGUGUCACUCGAAUUGGACACCAGGAGCUGGUGUUGGAGGCGGUCGACCUUCUCUGUGCACUGAAUUACGGCCUUGAAACCGACAAUAUGAAGAACUUGGUUCUGAAAUUGCGAGCCUCCUCCCACAACUUACAGAAUUACAUAAGCAGCCGGCGGAAAAGUCCCGCUUACGACGGGAACACGUCCCACAAGCCCCCCAACGAGUUCCUGACUUCCGUGGUGGAGCUCAUAGGCGCGGCCAAGGCCUUGUUGUCCUGGCUGGACCGGGCCCCAUUUACAGGCAUCACUGACUUCUCAGUCACGAAGAACAAAAUCAUUCAGCUGUGCUUGGACCUGACCACCACAGUCCAGAAGGAUUGUCUCGUGGCAGAAAUGGAGGAUAAAGUUCUAUCCGUGGUCAAGGUUUUAAAUGGCAUCUGUGACAAAACAAUCCGCUCUACCACGGACCCUGUCCUGAGCCAGUGUGCGUGCCUGGAGGAAGUCCACCUGCCGAACAUCAGACCCGGGGAAGGCCUGGGCAUGUACAUCAAAUCGACCUACGAUGGACUGCACGUGAUCACUGGGACCACGGAGAACCUGCACCAUGAGAAGAAUAUAUUCGUAUACCGCUCAUGCAUUGUUUUAGGGUUGGAUGGAUUCAGAAGUAUGUCUCCUGCAGACAGAUCCCAGAAAAUUCAUGCUGGCGAUGAAGUCAUUCAGGUUAAUCGGCAAACUGUGGUGGGAUGGCAGCUAAAAAACCUGGUGAAGAAGUUGAGGGAGAACCCCACAGGAGUCGUGUUGCUGCUUAAGAAGCGCCCCACGGGUUCCUUCAACUUCACCCCCGCGCCCCUGAAAAACCUGCGGUGGAAGCCGCCUGUCGUGCAGACCUCGCCACCGCCCACCACGUCGCAGUCCCCCGAGAGCACCAUGGACGCCUCGCUGAAGAAGGAGAAGCCGGCCAUCCUGGACCUGUACAUCCCUCCGCCGCCGGCCGUGCCCUACUCUCCCAGGAACGAGAACGGGAGUUUCGUUUACGGGGGACCCAGCAAGUGUCACCGGCCGGCGCCUGGCCCCAAGGGCUCGGAGUCCCCGAAUUCCUUCUUGGACCAGGAGAGCAGAAGACGGAGGUUCACCAUCGCCGACUCGGAUCAGUUGCCCGGGUAUUCUGUUGAAACCAACAUUCUGCCCACAAAGAUGAGGCAGAAAACGCCGUCCUACGGCAAGCCCCGGCCUUUGUCCAUGCCUGCGGAUGGGAGCUGGAUGGGGAUCGUGGACCCUUUCGCCAGACCUCGCGGUCAUGGGAAGAAAGGUGAGGAUGCCCUCUGCCGGUAUUUCAGUAACGAACGGAUCCCUCCGAUCAUCGAAGAAAGCGCCUCGCCCCCCUACCGGUUCUCCAGGCCCCACGCGGAGCGGCAGCUGGUCCGAGGCGCCGACUACAUCCGGGGCAGCAGGUGCUACCUGGGCGCGGAUCUCCACAGCAGCGCCACCAUCCCGUUCCAGGAGGAAGGGACCAAGAAGAAAGCCGCCCCGUCGGGGGCCAAGGCCUCGGCCCCAGAGCCGUCCCUGCUGGUCAGCUGGCUCACGCGCCUCAAACUGUUGACUCACUGAGCCCUGCCCCCGGGGAUGCCCCCCAGCUCACAAGUGCCUUCCUUCCCAGCGGGCCGCCGUUCCGACUUCCACGCGCAGUAUUAUGUAGACACCUUUUGCAAACUGUUUUGUGCUUUUUUGUUUGGAAAAUUGUGUGCCGCCCUUCUCGGAUGGUGGGAGCAGGUGGGUGGGAGCAGAUCCAGGGGCCUCGGUGCCGGCGGGUGGAGGCGGAAGGAGGAGCCGGUAGAGCUGGCUUUUCUGGCCUCAUUCGGGUCGGGACACGGAGACACACUCUACAGCCCAGCCCGCAGCCUCUGCCGGGAUCGGGGCGAAUGGGAGGCCCCGGGGCGUUGUUGGUUUGGGGGGACGGGAUACAGUUGGUGGCCAUGGCCGCACAGAUGUAUUGGUUCGUGGUCCAACUUGUUCGCCUGAGAAAGCCAGUGGGGAGAACACUUCGGUUUUGCUUGUUCAGGCGACGCACCGCACGUGUCAGGGUAGCGGCUUUGACUUUGAAAUCACAGGACUCGGAAGUGUGUGCCGCAGAGCAGAGGUGUGCGUGCAGAUGGUCACACCUGGUCCAUCUCCUCAUCACAGUCUCAGUUCAGGGCGAUGAAUGCAGGAACACACAGAGAGGGCUGCUCACACACACAGCCCUUCCUGGCUCCGACGGCGGCCCUGUUAAUGUGUUACUGUCUUGGAGGGAAGAGAAGCUAUGAUUUGCUGACAGCCAAAGUAUCCUUGAGAAAAACGAAGCAGCAGGACUUAAGUUUGUGAAAGAGACGGCGGCUCAAAGUGUGUCUGUUCAGUGUCUAUCUUCCGGGGCAGAACGGACCGUUCUUGGAUCGGCCACGCUUUGCCGAUGAGAGAAACCUGGGCAAGUCUCACGGUCACAGAUUUUCAAGUAGCAUCAGGUAUUUUGGAAAAGUGUGUCUGGGUAUUAACUCCUGUUUAAACUGAAUGUAUGAUAUUUUGUUAGAAUGGAAAAGUACUAUCUUGUUAAUUUAAGCGUUUUAAAUACAGUUGUAUAUUUUUCCUACUCUUA